CCCUAGAGUAGAGAUGGCGGCGACGGCAGCCGAGGUUGCGGCCUCUGCCUCUGGAGAGGCCCGGGAAGAAGCUGAAGCUCCGGGUCCGGCCUGGGAUGAGUCCCAACUACGAAGUUACAGCUUUCCGACCAGGCCCAUCCCACGUUUGAGCCAGAGCGACCCUCGGGCGGAAGAGCUCAUCGAAAAUGAGGAGCCCGUGGUGCUGACCGACACAAACCUUGUGUAUCCUGCUCUGAAGUGGGACCUCGAAUACCUGCAAGAGAAUAUUGGCAACGGAGAUUUCUCUGUGUACAGUGCCAGCACCCAUAAGUUCUUAUACUAUGAUGAGAAGAAGAUGGCCAAUUUCCAGAACUUUAAGCCAAGGUCCAACAGGGAGGAAAUUAAAUUUCAUGAGUUCGUUGAGAAACUACAAGCUAUACAGCAGCGCGGGGGAGAAGAGCGGUUGUAUCUGCAGCAAACACUCAAUGACACCGUGGGUAGAAAGAUUGUCAUGGACUUCUUGGGUUUUAACUGGAACUGGAUUAAUAAACAACAGGGGAAACGUGGCUGGGGGCAGCUGACCUCUAACCUGUUGCUCAUCGGCAUGGAAGGGAAUGUGACACCUGCUCACUAUGAUGAGCAACAGAACUUUUUUGCCCAGAUAAAAGGCCAUAAGAGAUGCAUCUUAUUUCCUCCGGAUCAGUUCGAGUGCCUCUACCCGUACCCUGUCCAUCACCCCUGUGACAGGCAGAGCCAGGUGGACUUUGACAAUCCUGACUAUGAGCGCUUCCCCAACUUCCGAAAUGUGGUUGGCUAUGAAACAGUGGUUGGCCCUGGUGACGUUCUUUACAUCCCAAUGUACUGGUGGCAUCACAUAGAGUCGUUACUAAAUGGGGGAAUUACCAUCACUGUGAACUUCUGGUAUAAGGGGGCUCCCACCCCUAAGAGAAUUGAAUAUCCUCUCAAAGCUCAUCAGAAAGUAGCCGUCAUGAGAAACAUUGAGAAGAUGCUCGGAGAGGCCUUGGGGGACCCACAAGAGGUGGGGCCUUUGUUGAACACCAUGAUUAAAGGCCGCUACAACUAACCUACCAGAGGUCAAGGCCUCCCGCCAGGUGACUGCUAUCCUGUCCACAUGCUUCUGCGAUGAGGACGGGACACUCCAAGCACUAGUAUUGCACGCUGCACUUAAUGGACUGGACUCUUGCCAUGGCCCUGGAGGCAGGUGUCUGAGGCGAGGCAGGGUAGUUGACUCCACUCCUAUUUGGAAAGGUUUCUCACCCUUGCCUCUUGAGCCCCGGACCUUCCCUCAUUGCCCCCUGAAGUCCUGCAAUUAGUGUGUGGAGUCCCAGCUUUCUGGUUGUAAUCAUGUCUGUGUUAGUCUGUUAACCUCAGGGUGUGUGUGUGUGUGUACAUGUGUGCAUAUGCAUGUGUGUAUACACACACAUGCAUGUAUCUGUUCCUUGUUCCCUCUUCCUGGGUCAGGAUGUCACUUCUGGCCCUCAGCUCCUGUCUCCUGGAGCCUCAGGGCCUCGGCCUGGGAGGGGAGAUGCUCCUGUGUCCCACAACAUCUGGGCUGGGGUGCCAGGAGGAAUCUGCACAUCAGUCUGCCUUCUGCCAGUUUUUGCAGCACAGUCAGACUACAAACCAGGUGGCAAUAGCUGCUGGGACCCAUUGGGGACACUGAGAAGGGGGCUUAUCUUUGGGAGCCUUCUAGUGGAAGAGGAUUAGAUAGGAUUCCGGUUGAGAACAACACGCUCAAGCCAUACAUAGAAGAAAACUUGGGGACCUAAAAGCAGAGGAUUGUGGCAUAUGUCCAAACACAGGCAGAUGCAGCUGGUCUCUUUCAGUACCAGCUCUUGUCCUGCACUGCACUGAGGGAUUCUAGCUCUGACUUCUUUGGGCUCCAGGGGUAUGAACCUCUGCAUGUGUGUGUACACAUCUGCACACUUAUAUGUAUGUGUGUUCACACUUGCCAUCCUUCUUGCUUACUAAGGUUCUCUCCUGCUUACAUUGUCCAGUGUGACAGUAUGGUGUGAACCCCAGAGACUGCCUGACUUAGCCUUUAGCUUUUAACUCGGAUUUUAGCCAUCCUGUCCUGGUCAGAUCUUACUGCAGCCUACCUAAAGCUGACUGGCUCAAGCCUCCAGGUCCUAUGUCUUUCCCUGUCCAGGCCACAUCCCCUGCUCCUGCUGAGCUUCCUGGCUGAGUAGAUGAAAUGGGGUCAAACUUAGGCAGCUAACUCAGUACCUUUCAUCCACCUCAGGGCAAGGGAAAAUGUCCUCUUGCCUCUUAGAGCCAGUGCCUCUGCCAGACCCAACAAAGUGUCGCAUGACAGCUGGAGCAGAACUGGUAGAGCUUGGAGAUAGAAUUUACUUUUCUGUUGGUAGCUAUUUAUGGGAACCCUCCUCGGGGCUGCAGCUUAUAGCUGGGCAGCUCAACGUUACACAACACAGAGCCAUCAUUCACAUCUGUUAAGAGGGAAUGGGGCCCUGCAGCUUGGCAGAGUGGUGGCCCUGUAUCCACUUACCUCAAGUCCCUUCUCCAACAUCCUUUUCUCUAAAAAUCUGAGUUACAAGCCUGAUUUUAUUCUUUUCUUUGUCACCUUUUAAUCCCCUUCCCUGUAGAUUUGACCUCCGGUGUCCAAGCUGUGGGUCUUAGCCCCGAAACUCAGCUUACAGUGCCCCGUGGACAUGUGUAUGCUUGUGCACCCCUGUGUGCAUUUAGGGGAGGGAUCUUUAGUACCCCAUUCUGGGGGCUCUGAUGCAAUGUGGGUGUGCAGACCUGGUGCCUUCUUGAGUAUAGCUCUAAAUACAGCCAGUGCUGGGCACUGCACUGUGACUGCAGUAAACUCAUGCCUCCAUCUCUGGGGAAAGAGCAAGGCAGAGCGGUAUCAGUUUGGCCGCCAUGGCAAAUUUUCAUUCUCAGCAGAUCCAUGUUCCUGGCUCUGCCCCCAGAGGUGUCAGGGAUGUGUAGCAGGGAAUGGGGAUCUGCUUGGUUGAUCCUUCAGUAUACUCUGCCUCUCAUAGGUCUGACCUAGGGUGGCUGGGGGCAAGGAGAGAAAAGGUGAGCUUUGGGACCAUCACAGGAUUGGCCCUGAUUGUGGUAUGAUGUAAUAACUGUUCCUGAUCUUUAGACAUCAGAUGUGUACCUAUUGCUUUUAGCUUUGUCCUUCACAAUGCUACACAGUAGCUUACUUCACAGAUGAAGAAACCUCUCAGAGUAGAUGAAGAGUGGUAGUCAAGAUCAAACCUAGUGCUGUUGGCUAUAAACCCACCCCUCCCCUGCUCCUCCAUUUCUUCCAAAUGCUGUUAGUUCUCUACCUCACAGCAAGCCUUGUUCCCCAGGCAGUGUGCAGGCAGGCUCAGGCAAGAGAGUGUGGAAGGGUGAGAGGCUUGGGGGUUCCAGCUAGAGACCUGGAAAAACUGUGUGGAAAGCAUCUUCACAAUCGAAGGGUUCUAGGGAAACCAGAGUAAGCACUGACUCUGCUGGGGAAAGGGGUGCUCUGUGCUCUUGAGUGUUAGUCCCAUAGCUCUCCUCAGCGCCUCUGCAUGCCAAGAGGUAGCUCUAGGUCACUUGAUUCAUGUUCCGCUGGGCUACUUCCUCCUGGGGAUGACUUGCAGGAUCUCACCUAGGUUAGGGCUAUUGAGGCUCCAUUUCUACUUGCAACAGCGGAAGCGUCACUACAGUGUCUGCCCAUUCUAGCCAGCAGCAUGGGAGUCAGACGUGCCAAGGAAGGUGGAGAUUUGGGCUUGUCCAGGGGUCAGCCAUGUUGCAAGCCCUCAUGUUUAUAGCUGCAGUACAGUGAAAACUACUGUUUUGUGAAGUCAAAUAUUUGCUGGGGGGUUGGAGUUAUGGGGUGGAGGAGGGGCUGUUCUGGGCAUCAGUUGAGCAGAUGCCCAGGAUGCCUGGGGGAGACCAGCUUCCCCUACAAAUCAGAGCUCUAAAUUACAAGGUUUUUACCAACGCGAACAGUUGGGGGAAGUCGUCUGCUCUCAUUUGCGUAAUGGUUUCUGUCACUGGUGAUUAGACACAGGAUGAAGGAAAAGAAAUUUGACAAUUAGGAAUGAGCCAUCAUUAAUCUGAAUCUGUUAGGAGACAGAGAAGGGAAGGAUCCUUACUAGUGGGCCAGCCCAGUAUGGGGAGACACUCCCUAUCUCUGACCCCAGAAUCUUCUGGGCCAAGUACCCUUUUGGGGUUCCCACAAGUGUGGGUAGAGUUUGCAUGCCUUCAUAGACUAGGAGUCCAGUCCCAGCUUGAGGUGGAUUUGCAAACAGACACCUUUCUGCAUGAGCCAGUGAAGUUAUCGUAGAUAAGUAAGUGGUGGGUACAAGCCCUGGGACAGUAGCAGUAGGCUAGUUGUGAUUGUGCUUAGUUACAGGAAGUGUUUCUGUAGUAGUCGACACUGUUGAGCUCCACCUGUGGCAAGGUUCUGUCACUUCCCAGCACUUGACCUUGUGCGAGAAACCUGAUCUUUAUCAAACCCCAGACACUAGUGGAAGUUGGAAAGGAAACCAUGUGAAGAGUAGCAGAGCCUAGGUGUGUGUAAGGAGGGGCUGUGAGGAAGAGCAGUGCACACAGGCUGUCAGGAGGAGACGCAUCCUCAGGCCUCAGCAUUGACUUACUCUGGAUCAGUGGGCCAUCGCUGUGGGGAGCAUUGAGGUUCCUGGCUCAGUGAGUGACCCAGUGAUGUGUGGAGAAUCCAACUUCGAUCUUCCAGUGUUUGAGACUUACCUCACCACUCACCCCGUCCCUUCAAAAGCCUACGAGUAUUAAUCUGUACCAAGUAGUAGUCCUCACCAUUAGUGUGUUCCUUAGACCCCAGGCCCCUCAAGGCUUGGGGGAGGGGCUCCUCUGUCUCCUUUCCUGAUGUGAACUUGUCAAGGAUGGUGCUAUCUCAGUCCUUGGUAAGUCCCUACCUCUGUUGUCGUUCAUCCACCAGACUUGGUGCAGAAUUUAGCAAGGGCUACCAGCAGGGACCCUCUGCCAGUUUUACCUAGAUGGGCAGGUGUGGGGAUGGUAGAAGUAGUCAGGGUUCUGGAGGCCCAGGCCUUUCCAGUUCCUCUUCCUCUUGGUGUCCUCUUAACCCAUCUCUUAAGUGGAUCCUUGAGCUUUCUCCUACCCAGGCUCUCAGUGGCUUCUUUACCAAGGCUCUUCUCCUCAAAGAAGCUCUCUGGUUCCAAGUGCUGGACAGCUUGGCUGGAGGAUCCCUCUCCACUGGGCUUCUCCCUGUCCCUGUUUCACCUCUGACCUCAGGUAGCUCUGUUGCCCUGUGUCCUGCUCUGCCCCCGCCAUCCAUUGUCUUUCCGUGCUGGUUCACUGUCUCCCUCUGGCGGCUCCUCCUUCAGCCUCCUCCUCCAGCCAGCUCUGUUUAGUUAGAGACACAUAGGGAGCCCAGUUGAGCAGAAACUUUUGGGAUGUUUCCGGAGGAACAGAGGCUCAGAAACUGGUGUCCUCGAGGUCCAUGGGGCUGAGAUUAGUGAUGCCUUGGAGACAACUGGGGAGGGACCUGGAGAGUGAAGGACUUAGUGAGGAGACAGAGAGGGGCCAGGCUUGGGAGACUAGGGUGGCAGGAGCGAGCUUUGUGUUUCCAUCUGAGUGUGUCCUCGUGCCUUAGGGUCCAGCAGUUCAGGGAUGAGGGAUGUUUUCUGAAUGUCUCCUAAUUUCUCUCAGGUCUUUGGCUCAGUGUCACCAAAUUUGACAGACCCCUACAUUCCUGAGCUUUCUAGAAGGGAAGCAGCAUGUUGAGUAGUCUGGUGUCAAGAGUGGAGGCCUCCGGUGAGAAAGGCUGGAUGGUAGAGGCCAAGGAGAGGCCCCAGGGGUCAGCUUGUCCCCUAUGACUCCAUUCCUCCAAGAGAAUAAGUUCUACAGUUGAUUCAAGAAGUUAUUUUAAAACUGCCCACCCUCCUCACCUAAAAUCUGUUCUCAUUUUGGGAAGGAAUAUGUGUCCUUAAUUUUCAAGGGAAAAGUCUAGUGUUUAAAAGCAUGUGUCUGGGGUCUAGUCCCUUUGGUACAUUUCUAGCUUGCUACUUACCAGCUGGGUUUGACAUUGGUUGAUUCUUUUAACCUGAGUCUCAGUUUCCUUUACUAUAAUGACUUGUGGGGGUGGGGGUUUGAAAAUAUCUACCUCAGGGUUGCUGGAUUAACUGAAAUAAUGUCUGUAAAGCUUUAGCACAGUGCCUGGCAAGCACUUAAUAAAUGGCUGUGGUGGUGGUUUAUA